AUGGCCUGUCAGAGUCAUCUUGUGUUCCUCCUAUUGGUUCUGCUUGCAGUAAGCACACACCUCUCAAAUGCUCAGCACUGGUCCCAUGGCUGGUAUCCAGGAGGAAAAAGAGAGCUGGAUAUGCCCUCAUCACAAGAGAUUUCAGAAGAAAUAAAGUUGUGUGAAGGAGACGAAUGCGCCUACCUGAGGAAUCCUAGGAAAAAUCUUCUAAAGAACAUCUUGGCUGAUCUGUUGGCGCGGCAGCUGCAGAAAAAGUGA